AUGGAUUUGGGUAGCCUGACACAGCCGGCUAUUCUAUGCCAGUGUCUUCGCUGCUCUAGCUCGCUGGCCGUGCUAGAGAAUGAAUGGGCCAAGUUGUCCAGUUCAUAUUCCCUCGCGACAGCAUGGCUAAGCGUCAACCUCCAUCGCAUCUCGAUUUCCUCGGAGCGGAAACAGAUCCCAAACACAUCCGAUAUGACGCUUCUCCGCGAGCGCAUUAUCCAGGAGAUAAGCUGCAAAUUGUGCCAACAGAAACUGGGUGUUCUUUGCGAACUUGACAAUGGGAAAACCCCUCAACGAGAUCGCAACUCCAUCCAAGAUGGUGCCCUGAUACCUGCCGGCACAUCGGAUCUGUAUUCAGUGGACCCACUGAUGCAACGGCAAAUGCAACAUCAAGGUCGAAGCAUCGAUCAAAUAUCCACCUCAGUCAACCACCUACAAGAUACAAUGACAGACUUAAAGCAUUCAUUCACGGCGCUUCGCAUCGAGUUGAAUGGCCCAAGCAGACAUUUAGGCGAAACAGGAAAUAUGAAUGGACAAGGAUUUGAUAUGAUCGCGACAGUUUUGAAGGAGCUCAAGUCAAAGUCAGAAGAGAUCGAGAAGCUCAAGCUAGAAAUCGAGGCCCUGAAGUUGAAGAACCGCUUCAUAGAGGAGUUCAAGCAGAAAGAUCCAGGAAUACUUUCGGCGAGGGAGGGUAAGUUACCGGAGGUGCAAAGUCCCGGCCUGUUGCAGGCCGGCCGGAAGCGUGCUUGGCCUGAUGCCUUUUCGACUGGAGGAAGCCAAGUAAUUGCGGAUUCGUUCGACGAAGAAGACAUGAUCGAUGAUUUGUCUUUGGAAAACCUCCCAACAUACUCCGUCCGCGUCCCUACCAAGCACUCUGGAAGUUCUUCAGCCUCUACGUCUCAAUAUCGUCUCGAAGCUGGCCACCGAACCGAUGGCGCAAAUGGAACCGGAGAGCGCGCAGAUAAUACAGAGAAGAGUACGGCUAAACGACCAAGGCUUACUCAGACAAAUGAAGAAAAUGGGGAGAAAAUUGAGAAGCGGCGCCCUGGACGACCCCCUCGGAAAUCCAUGACGCAGCCUACCAAACCUGUCAUUUCGCAACCAGCCGACAUAGCGCCGUCCGAUUCCCGGGAGCUUGUUGUGACCAACACCUCAACCCAGGUUCCGACUGCAAAUUCAAGUCCAGGUACAGAGUACUCGCGACGCGGUCGACCACGCCUCCGUCGCAGCACACGCGGACAGUCUAUGGGCCCGGUUGAAGCUAGAGAUCGUGUUGGUGAUGCAGGAGGAAAAUCCAACCAAGUAUCGGCUGCCGAUGAUUCUGGUAAAGGGAGCGAUACGUGGACUAAUGCCGACAAUUUACCAAAAGGACACCAGUCGAACAUGACAAAUGGCGUAAAGAGCUCGGAAACAGAAGCAGAAGAGAAGCGUAGAGCCAAGAUCGCAAUGCGGGACGUUAUGAUCCAAAUGGCUAUGCAACGAGAAGAAACGAUGGAGACAGACGAGACACGCUGA